GGCAAUCUCAUCGUUUUUGUACAAAUGCCUCACAUUUCUUCUCACUUCUCCAAUCUCCUCCCUUUUACUCGGCCAGUAGCUCUCCUCACUGAAGCUCCCCUUCUUCUCUCCUCUGGUUAUAAAUUCUAGAUUAUUUCACGGCGGAAAGGUUUUAUGUUUUGUUUUGAUUUUUUGGCCUAAAUUAAAUCAACUACUGGUAUUUGCGGGGAACGGCUAUGUCUGAAAGGGGAGGGAAAGGGCCAGCGCAUUCUAAUGGAGGGAAAUCUGCUCUUAAAACACCUUCUGCAAAAGGGAAGGAUGACAUUGCAGGAAUGACAAAGAAAGGAAGGAAAGUUCAAUUUGAUUCUGAAGAUUCACUUGAUGGGAGUUUCACAAAAUCUAAUGGGAAAGCGGAUGCACCAGCUGCCAAAGGAAACAAGGGUGGGAAAAGUGGAAAAGGACAAACAUCAAAAGCACCUCUUCCCCUGGAACUCAGAGUUGAGAAAGAAAUUUCUGAGAAUACUAAAUGCCUGAUGGACUGUGAAGCUGCUGAAAUCUUGAAAGGAAUCCAGGAGCAAAUGGUUAUACUAUCUGAGGAUCCAACCAUAAAGCUUCCUAUAUCAUUUGACAAGGGGCUCAUGUAUGCACAAAGACAUGAAGUUUAUGAGAAACCAGAAACUGUUAAACAAACACUCCAACCCUUGAAGGAGCAUGGUGUAUGUGACAGCGAGAUAUGCAUGAUUGCCAACUUUCACCUGGAAUCUGUUGAUGAAGUGUUUGCACUUGUUCCGUCUUUGAAGGGUAAGAAAAAUAAGCUGCAAGGCCCCCUCAAAGCUGUGUUGGAGCAAUUAUCAAAGCUUAAGAAUUCCUCAAGCAGUCAAUAGCGCAGAGGUAACGAGGAUCACUAUUUUGGGCAGCCAUAUUUCAAUUUUUUGAAAUCUAGAAUUGGAUUCAUGUUUGAUACUUUGAUGGGUGCCACCUUGUAAGUACUAGGGCCUAACUAGUUAAUUUUUGGAUAUUUGUAAUCAUUUGAAAGUGCGGAUUUUGCUUUUUGCC